GUUCUAACAGGAAGACGUUUAUUUGCAGACAACGCUGGAGGAACACAGGGCAACUCAUCUUUCAGCAAAGCCAAAUUAUCUCCCUGAUUUGGAGAAACUACCUCACGAAGUCUCCUCGCUGAGUUCGCUGCGUUGUAACGAAUCCGCGUCUUAAAGUCUAAGGGCUAUUUAACAUCGCCUCUCCCACGUGUUCUCUCCCAUCCAGCGGCUGCGGCGCCCGCCCUGACCCAGACCCUCCGCCCCUAGAUUCGACUGGGAGCGCAGCCCCCCAGCCUCGCACUGGUGUCGGAUGCGAGAGCCUGUGCUUAAGUAAGAAAUCAGUCAUUAGAAACAUUCAAGCAAAGGUUGGACAACUAAUUUUCCGGAACAAAAGGAAACUCAUGCAUCAGAAAAGGUGACUAAUAAACAUACCAAUAGAAUAUGGCUGCACAAAUACCAGAAUCUGAUCAGAUAAAACAGUUUAAGGAAUUUCUUGGAACCUACAAUAAACUUACAGAAACCUGCUUUUUGGAUUGCGUUAAAGACUUCACAACAAGAGAAGUAAAACCUGAAGAGACCACCUGUUCUGAACAUUGCUUACAGAAAUAUUUAAAAAUGACACAAAGAAUAUCCAUGAGAUUUCAGGAAUAUCAUAUUCAGCAGAAUGAAGCCCUGGCAGCCAAAGCAGGACUUCUUGGCCAACCACGAUAGAGAAGUCCUAAUGGAUGGACUUUUGAUGAAAGAUUGCCAGCAGCUAUUGUGAUGGAAAUGAGGAUUCAUCUGAUAGAAUCCCCUGAAAGCAGUAGCCACCAUAUUAAACUGUCUCUCCUAACUUUGGCAAAUGGAAACAACUGGAGAAACAAAAUUGCUAUUUACCGAGAAUAAUCAAAAUAGGAGGUCUUAUUGUUGAAUGAAAAUAAUAAGAUGCAACAUUUGUUGAGGCCUUAAGAUUCAGCAGCUUGGUAAUUUCAUUAGAAAAAUAAACCAUUGUUUCUUCAAUUGUGACUGUUAAUUUUAAAGCAAAAUAUGUGUUCAAUCAUGUAUGAGAUAGAAUUUUUUAUUACUAAAAGUAAAAUAAAUGGAAAUAUUACUGAGCAGUUGUUUAUACUAUAUAUAUAGUACCAUAGUAUUCUGACUGGACUGUGGAUACGUUGAAAUGUUUUUCAAUCACGAUCAUCCUCCAAGUAUUUCUGUUCAUUCAUGUCUGCCUCAAAUUGCUGGUAAAUACAUAAAAUAGUUACUUGCUAAUCAUUUCAACACACGAUCGUUUCUUGCCUCCCUUCUUGUGUCAGGGUGGCCAUUAUACAUUCAUAUCCUAUAUUCAUUCAUAUCCAUAUUCAUAUGUCUACAGGAAACAUCCCAUCUGAGACUACCUUGUGAAUGUGUAAGAGUUGACUAGUAUGCUCUAGUGGAGACUGUGUUUUGUGUUUUGUUCAAAAGCUGAGUCCAACAUGAAUGAUUCUCAGUCCAACAUUAUACAGUGUAUUCUCAUCCAUGACGUGUGAUCAGUGCAAUAAAAAGUGAACUGAAGUUAAA